AUGGAGCUGCCGGUCAGUCUGAGCAGCUUUGGAGACGCCAAGGACCCGUUCAGAGCUGUUGUUCUCAAAGAGGAGAGCUGCUGUCUAACUCCCCUUCUGUUCCCUCCUCCAGGUGUGUGUCCAGGUGUGUGUCCAGGUGUGUGUCCAGGUGUGUGUCCAGGUGAGCUGCUGCCGCUCCACGCGGACUUGGCGCACUACGUGGCAACUUUACGCACGCAGCCGGUGGCGAUUAGCGGCAAGUUCUCGGUGGAGUCCCGGGGCGCGGGGGGGCCGUGGACACCUGGUGACGUCAUCAACGUCAUCAGCGCUGAUAUCGGCACCCCGGGGCCCGCGGAGGGGUCGGGGUCUCCUGGUAUUUACGCAGCAGGAGCAGCAGGAGGAGGAGGAGCAGCAGGAGGAGCAGCAGGAGGAGCAGCAGGAGGAGAAGCAGGAGGAGACCCGGGGGACGGCUCCAUGGCGCACGGACACCCGGAGCUCAGCCACAUGUACCCGCCCCCCCACCCCCACCCUCACCCCGCCCCCUCCUACUCCUGCAGCGGGGACAUGUACCAGGACCAGUCCGGGUCCGGGUACCUGUCCUACCCCCCCCAGACCUACGGCCCGGGGCCCAAAGCCUCCGUGGACGGCGCGCUGCUGUCCCUCCUGCAGCCGGAGUACGGGGGGGGGGGCUUCUACCCGCAGAGCUGCCAGAGAGACCUGCAGGGGGCCUUCCCGGAGCGGAAGUCCCUCCCGUACCAGCUGGACCCGCUCCGGGUCCCCCCUCCUCUGACCCCCCUCAACACCAUCAGGAACUUUACGCUGGGCGCGCCCUCCGCGGCCCCCGAGGGGCCCCUGGCCGCAGCUUUCCCCAGCCACCAGAGCCUCCCCCUCAGACCCAUCCUCAGGCCCCGGAAGUACCCCAACCGGCCCAGCAAGACCCCGGUCCACCAGAGGCCGUACCCGUGCCCCGCGGAGAGCUGCGACCGCCGCUUCUCCCGCUCCGACGAGCUGAGCCGCCACCUGCGGAUCCACACCGGACUCAAGCCGUUCCAGUGCCGGAUCUGCAUGCGGAGCUUCAGCCGCAGCGACCACCUCACCACCCACAUCCGGACCCACACCGGGGAGAAACCCUUCUCCUGCGACCAGUGCGGCAGGAAGUUCGCCCGCAGCGACGAGAGGAGGAGACACAUGAAGAUCCACCUCCGGCAGAAGGAGAAGAAGUCCUCCUCCAGCUCCUAAAGCUCCUCCAGCUCCUCCAGAUCCACCAGAUCCUCCAGAUCCUACAGAUCCACCAGAUCCACCUCCGGCAGAAGGAGAAG